AUGGAGGAGCAAACAGACCUCAACUCCAGCUGGCACCACUUUGACGGCGCCUCAGCUAGAUUCCAGGGCAGCUCCGUGUUUUCAGGAGCCCCGUUUGUCGUCUUGAUGGUGAUGAUGGUGACUCUGGUGCUCGUGAUAGUUUUGGGGAACGCGCUGGUCAUAUUUGCCUUUAAAGUGGAUAAGAGUUUAAGAAGACAGUGCAACUACUACUUCCUCAAUCUGGCAAUAUCAGAUUUCCUCGUAGGAGCAUUCUGCAUCCCAGUCUACAUCCCGUACAUCCUCACCGGCCGGUGGACGCUGGGCCGAGGGCUGUGUAAACUGUGGCUGGUCAUGGACUACCUGCUUUGUUCUGCCUCCGCCUUCAACAUCGUCCUCAUCAGCUACGACCGUUUCCUUUCAGUGACCAGAGCAGUAAGUUAUCGUGCCAGACAGAGCAUGACUCAUCAAGCCAUAAUCAAGAUGAUUGCCGUCUGGGUGCUGGCCUUUGUCCUGUACGGCCCAGCCAUCAUAUUCUGGGAGCUGGUGGUGGGCAGAAGCCGAGUGCCAAAGGACGAGUGCUUUGCGGAGUUCUAUUACUCUUGGUAUUUCCUGCUGAGCGCCUCAAUGCUGGAGUUUUUCUCUCCCUUCCUCUCAGUGGCUUUCUUCAACCUCAGCAUUUACCUCAGCAUACGCAGGAGGAGGCUCCAGAGCAGGCAGGUGCAGCUACACCUUCAAAUGAGCGAACCUGCCUCUGCCCAGGGGGAAGGUAUCCCCCUCUCCCACAACUGGGGGUUUGGGAUGAAACUGGCUGUAAGAGGCUCUUUCAACUCCCAGACCUCCUCUCCCAGUUUGGGUAAACUGGAUCCCUCCCCCACCAGGGGGGCCAUGCCGAGCCGUCUGUCCAGGGAUAAGAAAAUAGCAAAGUCCCUUGCCAUCAUAGUGUGCGUGUUUGCCAUCUGCUGGGCACCGUACACUCUGCUGAUGAUCAUCCGCGCUGCCUGCAGAGGGCGAUGCAUCCAGCAUCACUGGUACGAGGUCACCUUCUGGCUCCUGUGGCUCAACUCUGCUAUUAACCCCUUCCUGUACCCGCUCUGCCACAGUAGCUUCCGCAGGGCCUUCAGUAAGAUCCUCUGUGCAAAGCGGCACAGUACCCAGUCACCUUCGGUCCCUCGUGCUGGCCAGUGA